AUGGCAGCCCGACCACCACAACCACUAACCCAGCACCGUCCCCCCCGCCCAAUAAGACGAGGCCCCGCCCCUCCAAGCCCAAGCCCAAGUCCAAGCAGCAAUAAGAUAGCCAGCAGGAUAUCCGGCAUAACAGUCAAGCGACUAGUCUGGACAGGCGCCUUCGCCGCCGUCACCAUCGUCAGCGCCAUCUACGGCGCGGGCCUGAAGACGCAGUCCGAGUUCAAGCAGGAGAAGCGCAAGAUCGUCGAAGCCACCCCCGAGGACCGCAUCCGCUAUCUCGAGGCCCGUCGCGCCGCCCUCGUCGCCCAGAAAUCCCCGUUCGAGAGGAAGUUGGCUGACCUGAGGGCGCGGAUGAGCGCGCAGGAGCGUAAGGAUGGUGGCGUGGGAGGAGAGGGGGCGGCGGCGGGGACGGGGACGGGUGGUAAGAAAUGA